AUGGCCUCUUUACCUAUUUUCCGCAGGUGUGCGCUGUCGCAUUGCCGCUCUUCCGCACGGGCAGCAUCUCCCAUUUACCUGGAUUUCCUCGCCCCGUCAACAUUGAAACACAGCCAAUGUCGGCAGGCUUCGACUACCGCCAGCACCUCUGACGAUUCCAAGCCUCUAUAUGUUCUCAGCAAACAGCAACGAGAGUUUAUGGACAGUGCCUUGCGAGUGAAUCAAGCUGGUGAACUCGCUGCGACGCUUAUAUAUACUGCACAAACUCCUCAAAUCGUACGAUCCUACCCACACCUCCGGCCUCUGAUGAAACACAUGUACGACCAAGAAGCAGGCCAUCUUCAGACCUUUAAUCAACUUGUCGCAAAGCACCAGGUCCGUCCAACCGCCAUGUAUCCAGCAUGGGAGCUAGCGGCCACAUUCUUGGGUUGGUCCACUGCAGCAUUGGGUCGCGAAGCCGCGAUGGCGUGUACCGAAGCGGUAGAGACUGAGAUUGGAUCACACUACAACGAUCAAGUGAGAGAGAUUCUCUCAUGGGAGGCAGAUGCCGAAAAACGUGGUGAACGGUUGGAUGAUGAACUCAAGGAAAUGUUGGCCACAUUCCGCAGAAUUCGCGACGAGGAACUAGAACAUCUCGAUCACGCCGUGGCCAAUGACUCAAAGGAAGCGAAGCCCUAUGAUCCGCUUGUCGAUGUCAUUCGCCUUGGUUGCAGGACUGCUAUCAAGAUCAGCGAGAAAAUCUGA